AUGACAAUCACCGGCUGCUCCGACAGUUGGCUGAUCGCCCUGUCGAAACCGCGACGCCGUGCGCCGGCGCCGGCGCCUAAUCUCCGCUUCCCCAUCAUUUUCCGAAGCAAUCGCGCAACCUUGACGCCACCACCGACGACUGUCCAUGACGACCCUGGACCACGCGAGAUCCCGCUUGCUUUCGCUCUGCUACUCGCCGCCGCCGUCGCGGCGGCCAUCCCGCAUGCCGCGAUCGCUGCGUCCGGUGGCUCCAUGGGCGGGCGCUCGUCCUCAAGGUCGUCUUCUUCAACAUCCAGAAGCUCGUCCUCAAGGUCCUCCUCUUCAUCAUCCAGAAGCUCAUCCUCGUGGUCCUCCUCUUCAACACCCACCAGCUCCUCGUCCUCUUCAACAUCGAAUUUGUUCGACUCUUCGAAGACUCACGAAUCGGUCGGCACAGCGGCGCCUCCACAACCUAUGACUAAGGAAGAAAUCACCCUAGUCUUCCAAGUGUGUGCGGCGUUCAUCGGUGUCAUUUUCCUGGCCCUCGCUGUGUGGCACUACAACCGGCCGAGGAUUACCGUGGUUAAGCUCCAGGUCGCACUGCUGGGCUUGGCAAAACCGUUUCAGAAGGAACUGAACGAGAUUGCUGAGAAGGUGGAGGCUUCCAACCAGCGCUGGUAUAAGUUCAUGGGGACACAGACAGUAUCUUCCUUGAGCCGUCACAAUGACUGCUGUGUCUCUUCGAGCUUAUCAGUUGAUGUCAAAGUUGGAGAGGAUUCAUGGGAGGACUGUUUCGAUAAAGUUGCUAUUGAGGAGAGGAGCAAAUUUGAUGAAGAAACGCUUUGCAACUUGGAUGGGGUCAAGAGGAAGAAAGAAUAUUCCAAAAAACCAGAUGGCUUCAGAAACGAAUAUAUAGUGGUAACCAUCCUAGUCGCUGCUGAUGGAGCAUUGAAGUUUCCAAAAAUCAAAAGACCCGCUGAUUUGGAAGCAGUACUGCAAAAACUUAAAUCUAUACCUACAAGAGAAUAUCAGGGCAUUAAUGUCUUAUGGACUCCACAAGAAAAGGAUGAUGUUCUUUCCGAGGAGAGGCUUCUAGCGGAUUAUCCUUAUCUGAAGCCUCUGAGUGAUUACUAGGACGUACGUUUCUUGGCUGCCAUGGUAUAAAAUUUACGUCAGGGAAAAACUACAUGCAAAAAAAGGGAAUGGUAACUCAUGGUAGUUUUCAAGUUAAGUUAGUAAAAGAUUUCAUCGGGACCGCACACUCCAUUUGUGCCGC